GUAGAGACGUGUGUUACCUGUGAUUGUGUUACCUGUAUCAGGGUAAGGUACACCGGUAUCGGAGAGUAUAAACCGAGUGGCUGUGGUAUGGGGAAGGCGGAGGAGAUAGUAAGACAUACCGCCAAAGUGUUCUACUCACGUAGGGAAGUACCACAGACGUCAAACACGUCUAUUGGGAGUAUAUGUAUUUGAAGAGAACGUUUUAAGAGUGUCUACUCAAAGUUGGAUAUAUUUCUCUGAUCAAGAACAGGUUAUGGUACUACGAACUUGGUGACAUGAAAACUUAGACGAUGUUAAGAAAGAAUUAGACAUCGGAAGGGUUUAGAUCAACAGAUGACAAAAAGAGUAGAACGCAAGAAAGCUCCGCAAAUUUGUCCUGCAAUUUUAGCAAAGUGAGACCAAAGAUCCUGUCUCACUAGACGCUGACUGGUGUUUGAUAUCACUGUGGCACUGUGUGAAAUGGGGGUGCACUCCGUGGGGGACCAGUUAGGAAAGUGUUUGACGCUAUCCUGAUUUGCUCGCUACCGUGAUUUAACUGAGAUUGAACACUGAUCUUGUCACCUGACCUCGGCGACCUCUAGAGUGCCACGUGACAGCAUGGACACAUAAACUCAUACUUCAAGAGGAGACCGUGUCACGUGAUGGCCACAGCAAUCAUUAACCCAGAUCACCUACAAUGGGCGAUGGAAGCACCAGAAGCAAUUGAGAUUCCUGUCUGGGUGGAAGGUACGCAGAAAUGGGUUACGGGACUGACAAAGAGGACAACAUGUGAUGACGUUAUAUACGCACUUCUGUAUCAGGAAGGGAAACACGACCAUGACUCUACAGACAAUUACACCAUGUAUGAACGAUGGCGGGACGUGGAGCGUCCCCUACAGGGGAGAACAAAAAUCAUUAAGAUCUGGCGCGCGUGGGGCGCGGAACAGUACAAUGUACAGUUAACAAUGAAACAUAACAUGGAGUCGGAGGACUAUGCAGAGUUUUUUCAUCAUCGCCGUCGUCAUCAUCAUCGUCGUCGUCAUAAAACGAGGACCGAACGUAGUUCAAGGUCAAAGUCGGACAAUGAGGACAAAUACCAGUCUACAAACGACCGACUGAAAACCAUGGAGAACCUCGCCAAACUUGUCAUUACUCAGGAACGGAAACUUCACGAUAUUCACUACUCUAUCAAAGACACGGACACACGAAUCGACGGCAUAGAAACGGACAUGCAUUACACGCGCAUGGCCGAAAAUGGCCAGGAUUACCUCCAAAACGCAUACUUGGAGAAUGGUCUAGAGGAUAGUAUGGACGAAUUCAUGAGAAAUAUAGACCCGGAUAACUUAGAAAUGUACAUUCAGUUUUGUGAGCGAGUGAUUAAUUUGGAGAGUCGUAUUCAGAAAGAAACCUCAAAAAUAGAAGAUUUAUCGCUCCAAAUCCAGGAAAGUACGCAUAAUGAAGCGUUCUACGAAAACAUUGAGGCAGCAAAAAACGGAGGGAAUUUAGAAGUAGAACUAGCUACACUGCAUGCUGAACUCAAUCGUAUGGUGUCCGCUAAUAUGAUGCAGAAAUACCAGGCCGCGGAAAUCGCCAAUGACAUUGAGCAGUGUGAUCAGUCACUGACCACGAAAUUAACCACUAUCUCACAACUUCAGCGGGAACUUGAGGCUCUGGAUAGGUCUGACGUCAUGCACAAAAGUGACGUCAACCACAUAUACAGCGUGGAGGAUGCUGCCUCCGACUAUUUGAGUGUUGUGCCAGAGAAUCACAGUACUCCAAUGAGGAAAGAGUAUCACGAGGAGGCUGAGUACGUUAACCUCGACGCCAUCAUCGGCAUGUCGCACUCGUGUGAUCACGACACGUCAGCGGACACGCGCGAUACUGGAAAGGGCGACAGCUUCGACUCGGGCUGCGAAUCUAACCGGAAACAGCCGAAUACGAGUGACCUCGACGACUCCUUCUCGGGAGACACCGACAAUACGUCCACUGACUCACACUUUGGACAGGGCUCUCAAAACUCCACUAACACAUUAGCUAAAUAUUCUUGCCGGAAACAUUCACGACUUCCAGAAAAUUCCUGCCGCGAGUAUACUCGACUUCCGGCAGGUCAUACAACAUACAAGUGUGACGAACUGAUCAGUGAGAGGAUUAAGUCGGAGAUUUACGUGUACAAGUCCGCCAGGACAUGUUAUAUGGACAAACAAAUAGCGUUCUCUGGUUAUCGUUCAGACGAGCGACAAAGCUACCGGAAGUCAGAGGAUCACGACUCGAACUCUGACACGGGACUUAGCUCCCUACACAGCGACGAGUCGCCUACGUCAUACCUCGAGACAUUGGUAUAAUUAUGUGAACUGUCGACUCAAAACACAUACGCGUUUCCAUGUUACUACUCAGUGCUAUUUCGUUAUUUACGAAAACCUGCGAAUUUGUUUUCCAGGAACUUUUAUAAUAUCCGGAGACGUUCACUACCAGCACGAUACUUUGUAACCAAUCGCUUGCUUGGUAGAAAUGCUGUCACGUGACUCAUACACCCAGUGAUUGGUUUAUUUACUCAAAAAACUCUUCAGUGCCAUGUGUGUUCAUACUUUGUGCUAACUCCUUUUGGCGGACACCAUUGGUGGCGACACGAUGUACCGCACUUAAACAAGACAAACAAAUUGUAUAUGGGGACUCUUAUAACGUAUAGCAUCUAUAUGUUCCGUCCACUUUAUGAGAUAAAAAUGAAAUAUAAAAUAUACAA